AUGCGAUACCAAGCUAAACUCAAGACAGGUCGCGACUGCUCGGGCGAAUACAAAGCUCUUACGUCGCAAGCCCGAGCGCUAUCGAACCUACUCGAGGACAUACAAGACAAGUAUGACAAGAUACCCGAGAACAAGCAACAGCAGCUUAUCAAUGCAUACGAGCCAUGUAUCGAAGUACUCGAAGAGCUAGAUAAGCUUGUCUUGCGUUACAACGGGCUCGACACGAAGAGCAAGCGCGCAUGGGACCGCCUCAAGUACGAUCCAGAAAUCACACGAAACCUACGAGAGCGUCUCAUCGCGAGCGUGUCGAUGCUUAACAGCUUUUAUACGACCUUGAUACACGACAGCCAGGUUCUUAUAUUGGAAGCCCUGGAGAGGUUGGAGAAGGACUACAAAGGCGGUUACCGCGAAGAAAGCAUUGCUUCCAUCGGGAGGCUCACGUCUGCGGGUAUCCUGGAUAAUGACAAGGAUGACGAGGAAUCGUGGAGUCAGAUUCUCCGCGAUCUUGAAGAUGUGGGAGUCUCUCAACAGCAGGCUGUGAGCUACCGAGAUCUCAUUGUAGACUGGCUUGUCAAGGCUGUCAACGAAGGGAGGCUCUUGGAAGAGCGGCCAGGUGACGACUCCUUUGAAACUAUGCAGCAAGAUCUUGGGACAGCUCUUCCUGAAUUCGGAUUUGAACAACGAUUGCAUAGUUUCGACGUACCAACGAUGAUCACACCUUCGGACCGAGGCUCACCAGCUGCAUCUAUAGAGCACACUCCUGUAUCAAGUCCACUGAUAACACAAAAAGAGUCCGUAUACCUGGCUCCUUCAGCCACCCCCCUGGCGUAUUCUAGCACCUCCUUGCAAACACCCUCGCGGCGCUCUGGAUCGGAAGCCUCAUCGCUGUAUGCAGAGCCACGACCAUCGUCUUUGCCUGCUACUCCCGCAGAUUCCGUGAUGAAACGCAUCCCAGUCCCAUCUCUAAGCGCCCCGAUUCCUGUUGUACCGGCGUACAAUCCCCCCAUAAUAGCGCCUGUGCAUCCGACCAGUCCCCCUCCACCUCUGCCUUCGGUUACGAAUAUAACAGAACCAUCCGUUGCACCUCCAUCGUAUUAUGAGAAAGACACAACGAUCACAAUAGAUCUUGAAUGGACGGCACACCGGAUAGUGGCUGCAUGGGCUCAGAAUGACUUCAUCACGGCAGAGAGGCUCCUCGAAGACCAACUUACGGCAGUCGAACGUGGACAUACAUGCGUGUCUGGAGUUCAGCCUGAUCGACGCAUUCUCAGGCAUUUACUUGGAGUCUGCGCUUCUUAUACCGGGAAGUUCACCAAAGCAAAACGCUUGUUCGAAAGUGUGUUUAAUGGAAUUUACCUCAAUCGCCAGAAUCUGGACGAUGGUGAUAUAGCUGCCGCGCGGUGGCUAGGCGACGUAUGUCUGCACACCCAGGAGCAUACGAACGCCGCUCUCGCGUACAGUGUGGCUUAUGAAGGGUCUCUUGGCCGCUUCGGUGUAGCACCCGACCGUACUCAACGGGUGGCUGCCGAAAUAAGACUUGUCGACCACUGGCUAUGGGUGUUUAAGAGGAUUGAGGAUUCUCUCAAGCUCAAUAUGGACCCAACCAAUAUCUUCGCAUCUACAAACGUUGUUGAAAAGAGCAAUCUGAUGAUGUCAGUCAAGAACAAUAUUUACGAGACGGCGGGAUCUGGUAGAUAUGGUGCAAUGUCACCGCAUCCAAACGCUGUUCAAUUGGACCGCUAUAUGAACACUGUACGACUGGCAAAUUACAUUGGCAGGCCCUUGUCUGAGCGUGAACUACCAACCAACACACUAGGAGACUCCAAAAAACUACACUUUCUGACCAAAAGAGGCAAUCGAUGGUUGAUAGAAGCUGUGAAACAAGGCCUCCGCGAGAUUGGGAUCGAGCACGCUGAACACGGAUAUGAGCCUUCAAUUGUAUGCUGCCUCAAUCAGCAGCGUCAAGGUGUGGUAUUCUCUGAAGGUGUUGAAAUCUGCUUCAGCAAGCUUCCAUUCCGUCAUGUUUAUGGGAUCAAGGUCUCGGAUGUAAAGUGGGCUACACGAAGGUUCAACGCGGUAACACAAGACUUGGCACAGAGCUUCCGAGACACGACCGACUUCAGGAACAUCAUCAAGGGUAUUAUGGAGAGAGCGGAGGCAAAGGCGGCCCCUCCAGGGUCAACGCAAGACGUUCAGCACGAGAGUAUGGAUGUGUAUGCACAGGUUCCCCAUGUGUCGCCGCUUCUCAAAAGGCCAUCGUACGGUUGA